GUCCUUAUGUAGCUAAAGCAUGUUUAAAUUGCCAACAAAAACAUGUAAAAUGCACCGGAAAAGCUACUUGUAAAUAUUGUACGAUACAUGAACUUGAGUGUAAUUUUAUUGAUUCGGGUAAAAAACGCGGACCACGAAAAAAACGCAGACUAAGAACUGACAAUAGACCUUUUGAACAGAAUUGUAUUUUUAACGGUUCUGAAAUUAACCUUGAUGGAACAUUUAUACAAUUAGCCGUAAUCCCUAUUAUUAGUUACGCGUUGACUUCUCCAGAUAAUCAUAAUGAUAUUGCUCUCUAUUCUGAUACUUACAAUGAAUUUCAAAAUAUCCACUAUUUUCAAGAAAAUGCACCCUUUCUUUAUCAAACAU